AUGUUCAAGUUUCUGGUUCUGUUGACCAUCCUGGCCUUGGUCAGUGCUGAGAUCCAGCGGAUCAAGAUCCACAAGAACCAGGACCACAAGAAUUCGCGUGCCAGUCGCAAGCAGGCGAUUCGGGCCUUGAAACACAAGUACCAUCAGACGGACGACCUCAUCAUCUACGAGGAUGGAGUUCCGGUUUAUGUGCAGCCCGACUAUGGAUACGAUGAUCCCACCCAGAAUUCGGAUGACUAUACAUCCGAGGAGCUGGGCAACUCGAUGAACAUGUAUUACUACGGGCAGAUUAGCAUUGGCUCACCUCCUCAAUACUUCAAUGUGGUUUUCGAUACGGGUUCCGCUAAUCUGUGGAUCCCAUCUGCCCAGUGUUUGGCCACCGAUGUCGCCUGCCAGCAGCACAACCAGUACAACUCCAGUGCCUCCUCCACUUACGUCUCGAGUGGCCAGAACUUCUCGAUUCAAUAUGGAACGGGUAGUGUUACGGGCUAUCUGGCCAUCGAUACGGUGACCAUUAAUGGUCUGAAUAUAGCGAAUCAGACCUUCGGAGAGGCAGUUUCCCAGCCCGGCGACAGCUUCACCGACGUGGCCUUCGACGGGAUUCUGGGCAUGGGCUUCCAGCAGAUUGCCGAGGAUAAUGUGGUGCCUCCCUUCUACAAUCUCUACUCACAGGGUCUGAUUGACGAGCCAGUCUUUGGCUUCUACCUGGCCAGGAAUGGUUCCUCGCAGGAGGGUGGUCAACUCGCUCUUGGUGGCACCGAUCAGAACCUCAUCGAUGGUGAGAUGACCUACACAUCGGUCACCCAGCAGGGCUACUGGCAAUUCGCUGUGAACAACAUCACUUGGAAUGGAACCGUGGUUUCCGAUGGCUGCCAGGCGAUUGCCGAUACGGGAACCUCCCUGAUUGCCUGUCCUCCGGCUGCCUAUGCCCAGGUGAACUCCCUGAUUGGCGGCGUUCUCAUCCAGGGCGACUAUUAUGUGCCCUGCGCCACCGUGGACUCCCUGCCUGUGUUGACUUUUAAUAUUGGCGGAACCAACUUCGAUCUUCCGCCCUCGGUUUACAUCCAAACCUACACCGAUGGCAACUAUACCACCUGCAUGUCCACCUUCACUUACAUCGGAACCGACUUCUGGAUCCUCGGCGAUGUCUUCCUGGGCCAGUACUACUCCGAGUUCGAUUUCGGCCAGAAUCGCGUGGGUUUCGCCAACCUGGCUUAAGUCUUUAACGAACAAACGAACGAUAUGAUUAUCUAGAUUUAUAGGGGUUAUAAAAAUUACAAAAAAA